CUCUAUCAGGUAUGCCUGGCAACGAGCCACUCUGAACCUUGCAUUAGUUCCUUGCGAUUGCGAGCUCGUGUUCGCAAAAGAACGUUCUGGACUAGUGGCAACCCCACACCCAAUAGAAGUAAUAUCUCCCUAUCGAUCUUUAUUUUAUGUGGGCGUGUAGGAGUACCUAAGGUACAAGGGGAUACAGUCUGAUCAGUUGUGGAACGAUCGACAUGGAGGACAAGCAAAGUGAAUGUCAUGCGGACGAGAUUCCCAGAGGAGAAAGAGGAAGCGGUCUCGAAAGCUUGUCACCUGUGUACGCUGACGAGGGAGAAGUCAACUUGCAAGACAUCAGCAUACCCGAACAUUAUUCUCAUGAUGACAUCUGGUACAAGAUGGACAAUCUGAACGCAGGAAAAAAGUGUGGAAUAUGUGCCAUCAUAAAAGUUAAGAGUCCUGACACGCAAGAACAAUUGGGAGCUGAAGCAGACGCCAAGACCAUAGAAAGUGUAUUUGGUGGCGUCAUUGGCUUUGACGUUAAAGUUUACCACGCUUCCACACCAGCAGAUACCCGCGAAAAGCUCAAAACGUGUAAAGACGAUAUUGAGAAGGAUUCGUCGAGAGCAUCAGAUUGCUUCGCCUGCUUUGUCCUGGGUCACGGCAAGGAAGAUAUCACGUUCCCUUUCGGCGGCGAACUGAUUGACCUGGAAUACAUCUACGAACAGUUCAGUAACAAAGUCUGCACGAAGCUUCUUGGGAAACCCAAAUUGUUCUUCUUACACACGUUACGUGGCUGGAAACAGGGAGGCGAACAUCACUUUGCUGACGGUCCGAGCAAGACUACAAGUGUGCCUUCACGUGCUGAUUUCUUUACAUUCGAGAGUACCUCCGCAGGUUAUCUUUCGUCUCCGGGUUCAGUUCGUGGUUCUUUAUUCGUCCAGGCGCUCUGUCAAGUCAUCAAAAGAGACUAUCUUACCAAGAAUUUCCAAGAAAUGAUGACACUGGUCAAGUAUUAUGUAGCACGGGAAAAGAAACCGGAUGAGACACUGUACAGACACUCCACGCUCACGAAGAAUAUUCGGUUUGCAGCUGAAGAGAUCGACGUGGACGACGAACCCACAUCAUCGCACCCAAGUACUGUUGUGAACAGACAACUGAUAGAUGAGAUCGACGUGGACGACGAACCCACAUCCUCGCACCCAAGUACUGUUGUGAACAGACAACUGAUAGAUGUGCGGCCACCAAGUCCGCGUAUUGAAGAUAACCGAAACAACCCUAUUGCGGAUAGGAACCUGGAGGUUGUGUCACAUACAGAGAUAAAAUGGAGGCCGAAAGGAAUAAGAAAGUUGGUGAAACUCGGUGAAGUCGGAGGAAAUUACAGAAUAGUCAGUACAAGAUUCAUGUUGAAAGGUUACACCUUCGAGCUAGAGGUUACUGCCGAGGACAAGGAUGGAAAGGCGCAUCUGGCGGCUGUGCUACGCCUGUGCCUCGGUCGCAAUGACGAUAACCUGGAAUGGCCAUUCAAUACGCCGUACAUGAUAACCCUCUGCCACCCUCAUGACGAAGACUAUACCAUCCCUGUACCUGCUGUAUUCGGCACCCAUACCCGUACUUCCUAUGUGAGGCCACAGGGUGGCAGUAAUCCUGGUGUUACGUUCUUCCUCAUACCGCUUGAAGCAUUUCAACGGCGCCAUUAUAUAAUCGACGAUGCCAUUUGCUUGUCAUUGAAGUUGCACGCUUCAGUUAAAUAGUACACUAUACGAUAAUGCGUCAAAAACCCUCUAUAUGAUAUGCUGGGUACGACACUUUUAUUGUAAUAUUUUCCAAUUUUGCAGAACGCACGUGUGGUCUGUGCUACACCAGUGUUGCAGACAUAUAAAAACACAUAAACAGAACACAUUUGGGUAAUCCACAAUGACGGUACAUGGGCCACUGAUGUAAAGGCAGGCAGUAGGGUUCGGAAUCCCGAGCCGUUUCACAUUCCCGGGAUUUCGGAAUUUCAAAAUGUGGAUCCCGGAAUCCCGGUACGGGAUCGGGAUUUUUUCAAAACUAUACCCAGGAUGCCGUAUAUGACCGUAUCCACUUGCACAACAAUGCUAUCACAAAUUUUGAUAUAGUUCACGUCUCCUGUCAUCCCCACGGAACAUUCGAAAAAAAAAAAGCGCAAAAAAAACUGCUCAAAUGGGACAACCCUGCGUAUUACAUUGAGUAUUCGCACCGUGCCGCGACAAACGAAAGCAGAUGUCUGUCUUCCUUCCCUUUAUCAAAUUCCUUGAAAGUACCGGCCUGAUGGACUCCCUCUAAGACCCCGUCAGCGCCGUCAGCAUCAUUCUCAUCACCAUCCUCUCAUUUUCCCCCAAUAGCAAUGGGGUAGCAUUCUGCUCAAUGAGCGGAAGUCAUCCCCAUAUCAUCGUCAUCAUGUAUCUCCCUCUCUCUCUCGCACCGUGCCUGCGUGUCAAGUGAAAUGCCGCAAUGAAAUCCCUCUCUUCUUCUCGUCUGCUACGCAAUACCUUCUGGCUGCGUCCCAGGAUAUUUCCCGCAGUUAGUAGUGCACGAGAAGAUCCAUACUUAGAUGUACAGCAAUUCUAGUUACGCAAAAAUGAAUGACAUAUUUCGCAUCAUUCGCUGGAGUCUGGGGAAUGCCACUUGUGUGAAUGCAUGGAAUAAUGCGGUUUGCUCGUCUUGCCUUUUAUUCAUCCACAGUGACUGUUGUCCUCUGGCCUGAAGCAGCAGAGUCUAUAAUUCUCUGAAAAGGCUGUCUCCAUUUUCUGUGUUUACCUUUGAGAGUAUUUAUUGUUGUUGUUGUAUUUACUGUUUCAAAUAUACUUAUUCGUGAGAAUUAAGAGAACGAAAGAGAUAUCCUGCAAUAUUUCUUGUUGUAGGAUUGGAAAACUCCUUCUGAUUUCAUGGGGGUUUUAUGCUACUUAAGGGCUGUUUUCCUCUACAGCUUGCGUAGUUUACACGUGUCAGCAGCUAAUGUUGUUGUAAAGUGUCAUGGACGACUAGGUUGGUCCGCUUCGGAGCCCAAACGAUAUUUUUUUGAGGAAGGGACGCUUGAAACAAACCUCGAUUGUAACCCUUCUUUCCCUUUACUCGUACCACGGAAUAUUUGUUGUGAAAAAAGUCGAAAUUUAUAAUCUCCAAAUCUCGCGAUUUGGACUUGCCAAAUUGCCAAACCUCAAAUUAUGCUAAAAUCCCGGGAUUUCAGGACCCCGGGGUCCCGGGCUUCGAACCCUGGUAGGUUUACAACCAGCCUUGUAAAAGAAUCACGAUUGUUAUGACAAUAUCGAGAAAGUUUGAUUCAUUCGAUUGACUUUGAUUUAUUUGAUCUAAAUCAACUUUUGAGCAGGCAUUUCGUUUGGACUACGAACACCACUCCUGUGAAAAUCUGGGAAGUAAACCCUGACGACACACUCUAAAAACAGUACUUCACAGCAUAGCACGCCGUACGCCGACCAUUUCCACGAAUGAUAGCGUUAUCGCUUUUGAUUCGAAAGUAGACCAGGGCGUGGCAAUUUGGAUAUAUGAAAAUUGCCACAAAUAGGCAUACGCAUCCAUCUCUCUUCGGAUCACAAGCGAUAAUCCAAUAAUUCGUGGCCAUGGUUGGCGCACAGCGUGCUAUGCGGUGAAGUUCUGUUUUUAGAGUGCAUAGACUGCACAGAAGUCGCUUAUGUAGUUGACGCAGAGCAGUAGAGAUGGAAAGAGACACGCUUAGAGUUCCACAGCGAAUAUCAGUCACCGUUGCUAAGCCGGAACAAAUGCCUUCUUGUUGCAAUUUGGAUGUAUGAUAAUUGCUUUUAUCACCGUUUUAGACCCUUAUGAGACACUAUGUUAAAGGGUCCCUGACCAGUGGUUUUGGAGCCGUUUUCGCAAUUGAGAUCGAUGGAAGGCAUCAAGAGGAGCUUCCCCACCAAUUUGCGUGCUUUCAAGCAGAGUAGUUUUUCUAAAAUCGAAUUUCCAAAAUCCUGCGUCAAUCCCGUUCAGCACGCCAAGCGUCAAACCGAGGAAGCGCCCGCGCAUAAAUUAAAACAUAUGCAAGUGACGUGUGCCGUGACGUCGAGCCGUACCCAACCACAGUCUGGAAUUACGUAGGUGUGGUUGUGACAUCAGCAUGAACUUGUAACCCAUUAUUUGUACAAAAUGAUCCUUGUACGUGCAUUUCUAAAUGUUAAAAUGUGCAGGAAUAAAAAGUAUACCCAGUAUCUCACA